AUGAAGCCUGAGAGCCUGGAGGACUCUGUGCUGGAUACAGUGGAGCCACAGAGCCUGGCGGGCCUACUGAAUGAGUCAAAGAGUCCCCAGGAGAAUGGCUGUGGGCAUCCUUCCUUCCUGCACCUACAGAGGGAGUCUGAGGCCAGUGAACUAGUCAUCUACUCGCUGGAAGCAGUGACAGCCACGGGGAAAGACAGCAAGUACCGCUCAAAGGAGGGAGACAGGCCUGUAGACCAGCUAGAUGACUCCUACCUCAGGAUCUCUUCCAUUGGCUCAAAGGAGCAGAGCCCACUUGAGGACUCGGAGGAGUCAGAGGCAGACUUGGAGUGCAGCUUUGGCACCGUCCACUCCUCCCCUCCACGGCCUGACCCAGACCCUCAGUUUGACAUGAAGGUGCCCCAUAUACCAGGUAAGCAGGGGCCAGACACGGAGAAGGAGCUGUCCGUACCAGAGGGCCUAGGCCUACCCAGCAGCUCCCUGCCCCAGACCCCUGAGCAGGAGAAGUUCCUCCGCCACCACUUCGAGACACUUACCGAUCACUUCCACAGGACCCUGAGAGAUGUGAAGGUCUCUGAGGCUGAAGACUUCCUCCUCAGUCCCCGGCUAAGCAUCUCAGCCCAGUUCCUGUCCCACCUCCAGAAGAAACCCAGGUUCACUCACACUUUCCCGCCCCAGCUUCCCCCACACCUCAUGAAGCCCUCAGAGGACCAAGGGGAGGGGAACCAGCCCAGAGCAGAGGGCCUGAGAGCAGGCACUGGCUACACCUCCCCAGAUCAGACCAAUGUCCUUUCAGGAGAGAAGACUGAGGAGAUCCUGGAGACCUUCGAGGCCUGGCGACCGCUGACCCCCUGCCUCACAGGCCUGGUACCCUGUGCCCCCUCCUCAUCAGUGCUGCCCACAGACAAGAAGCCCCCGCCACCCUCAUCUGUACCCACCCCAGGCCCGGCUCAGGGUGCCUACCUUCCCUCCACCAACUCCUACAUGGAAGCCACUGCCAGCUCCCGUGCCAAGAUGUCACGCAGCUUGUCCCUCAGGGACGGUGCUGGUCCUGUCCUAGCUGAGCUGGCCAGGCCCCUCCGCAGGCCCUCGUCCAUGGGGGAGCUGACAUCCCUGGGCCGGCAGCUCCGGCCCACCACUACCACGGCAGCACCCGGUUCUGGCAGUGAAGGCCGACAUCCUGCCCUGCCCUCCUGGGGCAACCAUGAAGCCCGUGCCAGCCUGACACUGACCCUAUCAAGCAUCUAUGAUCGGUUCCUGCUGCCCCCUUCCCCACUGGAGACGCCUACAACACGUACCUGGUCUCAGGAGCCUGUGGCCACCCAGCCCUGUGCUACAGUCACAGCAGCCAGCUUCCUGCCCCCCAGCGCUGUGCAUAUGAGUGCCCUAAGGCAUCAUGACUCCUUUCUCCCAAGUCUCCCUGACCCCGAGCCCCUCCAUCCUCCCACCCACCCCAAUAGCUCCCAGGUUCCACAGACCAGGCCAGAGAUUCCUGGAAGCACUGCCUCCCUCCUGAAGCCCACCCAUGAUGCACUCGGUGUGGUCCAGAGCCUCCCUGGACACUGGAAGGAACCCAGCGUGCCAGCUGAGGUCCUGACCCCAGCUCCCCUUGAGCUAAGCAGUGUGGAAACCAUCGUGCACAGACUGCAGACUGCCUUCCAAGAAGCCCUUGACCUUUACUUUGUGGUGGCCUCCAGUGGCCAGGCCAGCACUGAGCAGCAACAGGCACAGACCGCACUGGCCUCCACCUUCCUUUGGAUCCACAGCCAGCUGGAGGCCAGCUGGCUGAGUGGGACAGAGAUGGCCCCAGCCCGGGCCCUGCCCAGCCCAGGUCCCCGCUCCCCACCUACACUCUGCCCCCUGGCCAGCCCAGAUUUACUGUCCCUGCUGGAACACUACUCGGAGCUGCUGGUGCAGGCUGUGCGGAGGAAGGCAGAGGAGGACUGA